CCAUAAAAUCUAGAGAGAGAGAAAAUGAAGAGAAGAAGACUGUCACCAACUUCAUCAUGUUCAUCCUCAUCUUCAUGCAUUAAUGAAGAACCCCAGAUUCCUAAACCCAAAAGACCCUCUAGACCCCACACCAAGAACAAUCUCAAUUCCAAUCAAAAUGCUGCUGAAACCAACCGCAGAAGCUCCAUUUACAGAGGUGUCACCAGGCAUCGAUGGACAGGAAGAUUUGAAGCACAUCUGUGGGACAAAAGUACAUGGAACAGCAUCCAGAACAAGAAAGGAAAACAAAUUUAUUUGGGGGCCUACGAUAGUGAAGAGGCUGCGGCUCGUACUUAUGAUCUUGCUGCGCUUAAAUACUGGGGCCCCGAGACGACGCUUAAUUUCCAGAUGGAUACAUACAAAAAGGAGAUCGAAGAAAUGGAAAAACUGUCCAAGGAUGAAUAUUUAGCUUCGUUGAGGCGAAGAAGCAGUGGUUUUUCUAGAGGCGUUUCGAAAUACCGAGGGGUAGCAAGGCAUCAUCAUAACGGAAGAUGGGAGGCACGAAUUGGACGAGUUCUUGGAAAUAAAUACUUGUACUUGGGGACUUACAGUACUCAAGAGGAAGCAGCUGCAGCAUACGACUUAGCUGCGAUCGAGUAUCGAGGUGCGAAAGCUGUGACCAAUUUCGAUAUCAGCAUCUAUGCGGACCGCUUGAAAAACGGUGUGCCGCAAAUCGAAGCUAACCCCGAGUCGAAUGAACUCGUGGCAUCACCAGAAAACGAGCAAAAUGAAGUGGUGCAUCACGACGUACAUUUCCAACAGGAACAACAACUGGAAUUAGUCGAGAAACAAGAACCAUUGCCCGAGAUUCAUAACCUUGAUUUCCCACCUUCGGUUGAGGACGAACACCCGUGGAGCUUGUGCUUGGAUUCGAAUUACAAUCUCCUUCCGGUCCCACACAUUCCGCUUGAUAAAUCCGGCGAAAUGCUCGACUUGUUUGACGAUACUGGCUUCGAGGAUAAUAUCGACAUAAUUUUCGAUGGGCCGUUCUUGAAUGGAAACGAGUUGGAGAAAGUACAUGCGUGUAUCACGUCACCAUCGUCUUCAUCGUCAUUGUCCUCCUCCUCGACAACGACCUCAAUUUCGUAUCCCAUUUCGCACGGCUAAAUACAAGAUUUAGUCGUCUAAUCUGUCAUCAUUUCGCGUUUUUUUUUUUGUUUCGGUGCUUUCGAGCUUUAUGUUGUUCAAUCUUUCUAGUGGAUUAUAGAUGCAUUGAACAUUAU